AUGGAUUCCUUCUUCUACCAGCGCGAAAGCGACCCCACUGUUAGUCUCGGAACCAUACCUCAUCUCCCCGCGCAAACCAUGCAAGAGUUCAAAUGGCGGGCCGCCAAGCACUUGGACGAGGAAGUGCAAGACCUGGUGACAAUGUGGAAGCUGAAUAAAGAGCAUCCUGGUACCAUAGAAGGGGCGGAUAGGCUCAGUAACACGCUCGUGCAGACCACCCUUGAGCAAGUUGCCGAGCUGGAGGAUUCAGAUGAUGCCCUGCGUCCCCUAACGUACUUAGGCCCCUACGGUGUCAGGAUCCUGAUCACACUUCCUGCUGUUGCAUGGUAUAAAAAGGUCUACCGCCGAGUGUGGAAGGAGCGGGAGAAUCCUUUCGAAGAACGGGAUGCAUUCAGCUCGAAGCUGAUUGUUCGUGACGAGUACAACCGUCUGUGGGAUUUUCUUGCCGAGCAUCCAACGAAUCUUGUUGUCAUUGGCCAACCCGGUAUCGGGAAAAGCCUUUUUCUUCGGUGGGCCUUGUUGAAAGCCCUGUCGCUCCAGCAGCCGGUUGUCUUUGCUGCUUCUGCUGACAACUUUUACUAUUUCAAUCGUGGCGGUGCCAAGGCCCUUACGGCAGGAUCGCUACAGGCAGUGCCAGCCGGGACAUUAGGUCUUUUUGACCCACCCUCCAAUAUCAAGAACUAUCUCUUCGACAUUGCGAACCUCACCAUCGUCCUCACCUGCUGUCCUAACUUGGACCACUACAAAACAUAUCAGAAGGAGCUGGACGCCCAGUUUUGGUCCAUGGACUGUUGGUCAGAGGAAGAGAUUAUGUUACUUCCGUGA